AUGCCGCCGGUGUCGUACCCGUUUUCCAUGGCGGGCGACUACCUCGCGACGACGUUUGCAGACAUGAUGCACGCGCCAUCCUUCCGCAAGCACGUGUGGACGAAGAUGCAGCUGGCGGAGCGACGUCGGCUGGACGCACUGCGGCUGCAGGCACUCUACGGCGAUGCUCCCGUGGCGGUGGCUGCGUCUGGAGGAGCCGCCAAUACUACCAAUGGGGCAACAGCAGCCAGCACCGUGGAUGUAACUAGCGAGGUAACACCGCAGAGCUCGUCACAGCACACACACCCAGCUUCUGCUGCCCCCAGUAGCGCCGAUGGCGUGGUGGAUCCCCCCUCACACGCAGCGGCAGUGAAAGGGACCCCGUACGCGUCCACCAGCUGGAGCUCCUUGGUGGCCUCGCGGCCACCUGCACCGCCGCGGUGGUUUGACAUCGCCGGACGUGCCCGCUACUCCGCAUGGGAGGCGCUGCGCGGUCGGAUGUCUGCCGACGUCGCCGCCGAGUGCUUCUGUGCGGAGUUUCUCAGCCUCGUAAAGAAGUAUCCGCAUCCAACUUUGCUGCCCCUCAUCGAGGCUGCCCUAAGCACUGCCCAUGAGCUUGCCUGUCGCAGCCGUGCCGCGCCGCCUCGCCCACUGGCGGCCCCAUCGGCCUCUACUGCUGCAGCGCACAGCACUAGCGCCGCCACCGCUCCGUCGUCGCCGCCGACGGCGGUACUCCAGGUACGCGCGUUGCAAGGAGACCCGGCUGCUCUAGCUCUUCUCUGGAUCUGCCGCGCCUAUCGACUGCCCUGUGAAUUCACGGUAGAGCCGUUGUCCAAGGCUCUCGGGGCACACACGACUGGCGCUUCUACGAGAACCUCGCCAGCGUAUGGUGUAAAGCGUGGCGAGGCCGCCAACAGCUGCCCCACUGAUCUGGCCACCAUCAACCCGUACCUGUCCUACACCAUGGCGGAUGCGUGCUACCCAUUCACUGUAUCGCUGACGCAGCCUGCCGCGGCUGCCGCUGGGGCGUCGCCAUCGACAAUGGCGACAACCGUCACCACUCCAGAAGCCGCAUUUGUGUUGCUGACGGACACAUUUCUCGCCGACUACUCGCAUUGGAUGGGGGUGCCCUCUGGCCCGGUAAGCGCAGCGGCGCUGUCGCCCACGUCGCGCCUCGUCCAGCGAGGCGCCUGGCUGGACGAGCUGCAGCACAUCACGCGCCACGUGCGGACACCGAUACUGGCUCUCCUGGUGCAUCAGGCUACACAGUCGAAGCGGCUACGCCGUAUGAGUGCUUCCGCUGCUGCAGCUGAGCGUCAGCAUCUUCUCCGUGCUGUCGCGGCGCACCUGCACACCUACGAGCGAUGGACAAUGGAUCGUGUGCUAUCCCGCCGCGUCCAUCAGGCGCAAAGCGUUUUUUUGCCGCUGCUGGCCUCCACCGCCGUUGUCGACUGCCUCCGACACGAGUACGCGCCAGAUGCAAAGGUCGUCAGUGCGACGGACGCAUACGUGUCCAGUUGCGGCUACACGCUGUGCACACACCCGUUUUGUGCUGACGUGUUCCCACUUCUGCGAGCGCCGCCCGUGCCUGUGGCGGUUCUGCACGAUACCGUGCAAGCACAGUGGCCGUCGUCAGAGGGGCCGCCGAGCGAGGCGGUGUUGCAGCCGCGGACGGGCAGCGCCACUGCCUCCUACGAGCCAUGGGCACUCCCUCUGUAUCUCUCCGGUGUUCCAGCUGAAUGCAAUACAACAAUCAACCGGCUUCUGCGUCGUGAAGCAAACGGUGCCAUGCGGCAGGAGCGGCAGCAGCAGCCGGUGCGCCUGUUCAUGUGCGGAGAAAGGGAGGCGAAGGUUGGUCACAGCAGCAGCAGCAGCAGUGUUGGUGGUGGUGGUGGACUCAACGCAAAAACUGAUAUGUCCUCCACACAACCGCAACAACAACAGCAGCAGCAGCAGUGUCGGGCCGGCUACUAUGCCAUCAGCGCGUCGAGUAUCACGAAGGAGGCAGCCGAGGCAGUCGAGAAGCUUAUACUUGCUCGCAUGUUCUCCCUGCGUACGGAGGACUUGAACUCCGACUCUGACGCUGUGGGCAGCACGAGCAGCGUGAGCGGGGUGCCGUUUCUUGUCCUUGGUCAUGUGUUUGCGCUGACGUGGGCGCUCUGCCAGGAGCAGGUGCCUGGCUUCCCGUACUUCAUGUUGGACGGCAACCCCCAUCAUUGCGGCGGCUAUUCGUUCCUGUCUGAGGACGCGGAGAAGAAAACGUCAGCAGCAUCCCCCUCGCGCGCACGAAGGCGUUUUCAAGUCACGCUGUCCCCUGCACCCGUGACGGCGGUUAUGGCCACCGCAGACCCCGGCGCCUCGAUGUUGCCAACCAUUGUUGUGGGUGCAUCAGCGGUGUCCUCUGCCUCCAGCCAGGACGGUGGCGUGAGUCUGGAGUCUCGGCUCCGGUACGGCUGGAAGGCUUUCAAGGACACGCUCGCGAUGAGAGCUGCGCGGCUAUCUUGGGGGCGCCGCUCUGAAGAUGAACCGACUGGCGCCGGCGGGGGCAACGAACAAAGUGCAGGUGUGAACGCGACACACGUUCUGUGCAAUGAGGCGUAUGUUACCGGUGCAACUUAUUCGGCGACGACUGGUGCAGUCAGGGCGACGUCGCGGCUAUGA